UCGGUCAGAGGAUGUUCGCACGUUUCCGGGUCUCGGUGCGCGCUCGAACAGUCAGUGUUGGAACGCUCGCUCUUGGACCGUUAAACCGCCUCGUUCCAAGCAACAACAACAACAACAACAUCGGAGGAGGAGGAGGAGCAGGAGCAGGCGAGGGGCGUCUGGCCGUGGAUCUUGGGCUGUGCCGGUGUGAAGGAGAGAGCGAUACAUCUUGCAUCCUUCGCAUCAGGAUUACUAACAAAACUAAGGCAACUUCUGAAUGGCCUUGUAAAAGGUGGCAGGUUUUAAAAAGUAACUCAUGGUACAGGUCUGAAAUGAAGGCCAGGGUGGAGAUGUGCCACAAAAGAGAAAAAGACUGCUGCUCAACAAAGAAUGCCAGCCAAUGGGAGGGUGAAACUACACUGGAUUUUGAAGUCUGGUAAUUCCAGCCAACAAUUGAAUCUUGAUCGUUUUGCCUCAGGAGGAAGAUGAACUUCAACAUUUGAAGAAACAGGAGGUGGUUCACUGGUGUCCUUUCUGCUAGACUUUGUUUAUAUCUGCCUUUACCGAUACUCUAGAAUUGGCUGUCCAGCUGACUAUGUAUAGCACUAUCUAGAUGGUAUGCUGCCUGUUGGUCAGUUGGAUAACAAGCCAUACCCAUGGAACCCGACAAUGAUAUUGCACUGGAUAUUUUGAUAACAAACGUAGUCUGUGUCUUUAAAACAAGAUGCCAUUUAAAUCUCCGGAAGAUUGCACUGGAAGGAACGAAUGUGAUCUACAAAAGAGAUGUUGGAAAGGUAUUAAUGAAACUGAGGAAACCUAGGAUAACAGCCACAAUCUGGUCCUCAGGGAAAAUUAUAUGCACUGGAGCUACGAGUGAAGAAGAUGCAAAAACUGGUGCUCGAAGAUUAGCCCGCCUUCUGCAGAAACUGGGUUUUCAGGUAAAAUUUGCUGGCUAUAAAGUUGUCAAUGUCCUGGCUGUAUGCACGAUGCCAUUUGAAAUAAGGCUACCAGAAUUCACAAAAAGAAAUCGGCCAAUUGCAAGCUACGAGCCAGAACUGCAUCCUGCAGCAUCUUUUAGAGUUAAAGCGUUAAAAGCCACACUUCAAAUUUUUUCCACCGGCAGUAUAACAAUAACAGCACCCAGUAUACAGUGUGUUGCGACUGCAGUGGAGCAAACCUAUCCUUUAAUCUUUGAAUCCCGAAAGAUGAUCAAAUAACCAUUCCUAUUCUGGGACCAUCCUUUGGUUAUUGAAUGGAUGAUUACAAGGACAAAUUUUACCAUAUAAUAAUUCCUGGAAUGGACAUACAGUAAAUGAGAGACUGUGAGAUGCUUAUAACAAUGUAUGAACACAAUGCAAAUGUAUUCAUAUUGGGAUGUUAAUAUUGUUUUAUUGUGAACUGUUUACAUGACAUGAUGCUGCUGUUUUUCUUGGGAGAGCUCUUUUAGUCUGUGCAGUAAGGGGAACAAGAUUGUAAAAUGUGCACUACAUUUAAAGUUGAACCUUUUUUUUCUGGUUGAGCUUAUUGUUUUAUUGUGAGGUCUUUUUAAAAAAAUAAAUUUUAUGCUGUAUAUGAAAACCAAAGAUGCCACCAAUAUCACUGUUCAUUUGGUUAAAGUGCUUAAAUAAAAUUAAUAGAUGUGUAUUUAAUUUUAGGCAAGAACCCUUCCAUCAGUCAUAUUUUUUUAAAUGAAUAAAUGGAGUAACCAAUUUAGUACUCAAGAAUAAACCCAAAACAUUAUUUGGGCAAUGAGUUUUGACCAACACAUCCUCGCAAGUAAUAGUUGUGCUUGAAAUUAAAUCCCCAUUUCGUAGUGAUUAAAAUUUUAGGUAGACAUGGACUGAGCAUUCAUUUUUUUUUAAUUAAUAUUUUGUGAGAGAAUUAAAAAUUGAGGGUUCCUAAAAAUUAGAGUCAAAUCACAUUCUAUUAAUUUUUAAAAAAAUAUAGUGCAUCAAACUGAAAAAAUUAUUUAAAUAUUUGCAUGAUUGCGUGUUGAUCUUACAUUUUAGAAUUGAUCAACUAAGCUAAGAACUUCAUAUACAGCACCACCUAAUGGAUCAAAAAGGCAGUGUGAAGUUGUUUCAUUAAAAUAUUUAAAUGCCAAGAUCAUACCAUUUAUCAUAACCAUUGGAAAUAUGUCAAAACAUAGUAACAAGUGUUACAUUAAUAUUCUAAGCCAGUCCCUUGGGAAACAUUUCUGUAUUUGAAAAAAAUAUUUCAUGGGACUAGAAUUAAAUAGCCCAUAAUGCUGCAGAUGGUGAAUUUAAACAGGAGCCUCAACCCCCCCACCCCCACCACAGAAUAAAGAGAAUCUCACUAAUGUUGGUGAGUUCCAGUGUUUUAUUUUUCAUUUGUGUUUGCUGUCAACUUUGAGUUAAAAGUUAAAAAGUGUAUCUUUUGAGUUAUGAAUAUUUCAUACUCCAGAAAGAAAGCGAGUGACUACCCACCACCAGUGAGAUUUAUUCUCUAAACCCAGAUUUAUUUUGUCUAUUGUUUUAAUAAAUACUGAAUUGAAAAAGAAGUGUUUAUGAUGUGCAAAUUUGGUUUGAAAUUUGUAAUGUACCUAUUAACAAGAAAUUACUUACGUAACUUAAAAAAAGGUAUUGACCCUUCACCAUUUCCAAAGGCAUAAGUCUGUGGUUACGGUUUGCUUGUAUAAUAAACAUUUGAUAUUGCCAGUAUUCCAUUAGAUUUAAUGAUUUGUAAUAAAAACAAAGCUUCCUUUCUGCAAAUUACAAAGCUUGAAACUCUUGACUUUAUGCUGUAGAAUGCAUACUGCAGUAUAGCAGUGAACUUGUUCUUGAUUUGGUUCCGCUUCUCCCAUCUGAAUAUUUAUUCCUCAGGUUGCAUGUCCAUCCUCACGAGCAGUGCAAGUAGCAUCUGUUUGAUAUAAGAAUACAAUUGAAUUUCAAAUAAUACCUAAUCUUGCGAUUGUAAGGUAAUUCACAAACAAAAAAUUCAAUUGAAUGUUACUUCAUUUAAAUUAACUUCAAAAUUCACAUAAAACAUAAUCCUUUGAGUAUUGGAUAGCACUUCUGAAUAACCCUUUUUUUUUUGUUAUACAUGUUUUCUGUAAAUUUCCAAUCCUGAACAAAAUUGUAGGUGGAUGUAUGCAACUGUAACAUAUCAAUUUCAAAUAUUCACACAAUAAAUGUAGACCUGACUAUGUAGUAGUUGCUUAUUUAAUAUAGCAAUGCUUCCUUAUUCUCAAAGGGUUAUGUUGAACGACAGAGUGCAUCUGUCAUGUAAAUAGUCUACUUCAGUAUAUGUCAGCAUUGUUGCAUAGAUGUUAUGUCUUCAUUCCAAUUGCGAAUAGCUGGAAUAUUGUAUUGCUUUUCUACCAGACCUUUCAAAUCGCCUCUACUGUUGUAUUUGAGUUGCAAGGACAAUUAUGUAUUGCAAAGGCUAUAUGUUUGUGUUGAUAAGAUGUAGUUAAGAUGGUAUACUUUUUCAUAGAAAUAUGUAACUUUCAUAUGUAAAACUGUAAAUUCAGGAAAAAAACUUCAAAAGCUACUAUUUGUAGAAAAAUGUGUUUUGGUUUGCUUUUAAAAUUUUCAGUAACAAGGGUACUCUGUUGGCUUGACAUGCGUGCGCACUUCACCGUUGAAGAUGGAAAUCCCAGAAAGUGUGUUUCAAAUGAGUGAAUUUUAAUUAAUGGGCCAGUGAAAGCCAAAAUAAGUGAUCUGUAAUGAGGAAACAAAAUUAGCAUUGACAGUUGCAGAGUACUGUACGGAAUUUUGAUGAGCAUGCAUUUAGAAUGCCAUAGGGUAACACAGUACUGCACAGAUAAAUGUCAUAAGCUUAUUUUUUGAGUAAUGAUAGAUUAUAGUUCAAGCUUAGUGCACUGUCAUCUACAAGAUUUCCAGAUUCGAUGGAAAUUCAUGAAUUAAUUUUUCCCUGGACAUGGAUGUGAUUAUGGUAUUGGAGGCUAUCUGCGAAAGGAAAGGUAUAAAUGGAAUUCUGAAUAACAUAUUUCCAUAUGUGGCACUCAAUGUACAAAUAGUAUUGGUGAGCUAAAGACAUUUUUAGGCUUAUUUCAAAUUAGAAGUUAGCUGAUUGAGGCAGAAAUUGAUUCCAAUGUCAUUCUUUUAGAAAAAGAGCACGUACAAUACUUGAGUAGCCUAGUAAAUGAAUCUCAUUUCCAGGUUAGUGGAAUUAACAUUACUGAAUUAUCUCUGACAGUUGCUCAGAUUCAAUCAAGCACAUUGUAAAAGCAAUACAUGAUUAUUUUGAAGGGGAGUACUACAUUUUGGCAAAUAACCGAUUUCCAGUUGUGUACUUUUAUUCAGGCUAUUUUUCUGACUUGCAAAUGAACAUUCAAGACCAUAUAACCCUCAAAUGAAAGAUUUUCAAGGUGGAACAGUAUGGCAGAAUCAAGAUUUUAGUGUGAAUAAAUGUAAUGGGAAGAGAUGAUGCAGGUAUGCCAAAACUAUUACAACAUAUAAAAGGUUUUCAAGAUUGCAUGUAAAGGGGUCUUCCAGAGCAGCGGUAGUGUUCCUACCUCUGGGCCAGAAGGUAUGUCAUUGCAUAGCUGACCUUGUUGAUUUUUUUAAAAAAUUGCGUACGAUUUUUUAUUUAGUUUUAGAGAUCACCCAUAUUUUUUUUCUUUCAUAGGAUUCUAGGAAGGCUAACUUUGUUUCCGAUCCCUAAUUAUCCUUGAACUGAGUGGCUUGCUAUGCCCUUUCAGAGAGCAGUUAAGAGUCAACUACAUUGCUGUGGGUCUGGAACCACUUGGCCAGACCAGGUAAAGAUGACAGAUUUCCUUCCGUAAAGAACAUCACUGAACCAAAUCUGUUCUUUAUGAUGAUCAAUGAUAAUUUUUGAGGUCGCACUUUACUAAGACUUUUUUCUGUUUCAGAUUUAGUAGUUAAAUUAACAUGGUGGAAUGUCCACAGAGCAUUAGCCUCUGGAUUGCUAGUCCAGUGACUUUACCACAAAAUUACUGCUUAUCCUAAUGUUGCUUGUAUGAAUUGAAGGAUACACAUUCUGAUAUUCCUGAGGUUAGAGAUACCAAAACAGUUACAUGAUGAAAGCUAGAAUUUUAAAUAACCCUUGCCAUUAUAAUUUAGAACUUAGCUGCAUCUGAAUGCUCUACUCUACUACAUUUGGGUCAGUGGCCAGAAUUGUGAAUUUCUGGAAUUAUUUUGUCAGGGAUAAUAUG